UCCCGUCUUCUAAGUUCGUCAUAUUCUUCCAUUUUCUUCUCAGAUUCGAUCAGUUCUUGCUCUUCUCAUCGAUUAGAUGCUUUGGUGGCUCAGAGCUGAUGGGUUUGGUGGGCACCAUUCUUGGAAUCAUUGGAUUUGGCUUCGGAAUUCCGAUCGGUAUCAUGAUUGGAUAUUUCUUCUUCAUCUUCUGCAAUCCUGGUGUUGUACAGGAACCCAUUAUUAGACCUCUGACCGAGCUAGAUUCGGAGAGCUUGCAUGAUUUCAUACUUGAGAUUCCAGCAUGGUUGAAGAAUCCUGAUUAUGAUAGAGUUGAUUGGUUGAAUAAAUUCAUUUUUGAUAUGUGGCCUUGCUUAAAUAAGGCAAUAUGCAAUAGAAUAAGAAGCUCAACGAGGACAACAUUUGACCAAUACAUUGGAAAGUACUUCAUUGAGUCCCUUGAAUUUGACAAUCUUACUCUUGGAAGUUUUCCACCAACAAUUCAUGGUAGGCCUUCCCCCCGUCUUACGCUUUUGCAAGGAAUGAAUACACCUAUCUUAA